AUGGCGGGCGAGGAUAAGCAGCAGAAGCAAGACCCCCCAGCGGGGCUGCCGGGCGUACCGGUGAAGAGCUAUCCCGAUGUGCUCGACUUCUCGAAGAUGGAGGAGGAGGUGCUGGCGAUGUGGCGCGAGAAGGAUUGCUUUCGCACCUCCAUGAAGCUCUCCGAGGGUCGCAAGCCGUUCAGCUUCUACGAUGGCCCACCGUUCGCGACUGGCCUGCCGCACUACGGCCACAUCUUGGCUGGCACAAUCAAGGACAUGGUCACUCGCUUCGCCUACCAGACGAACCACCACGUCAUCCGUCGCUUUGGCUGGGACUGCCACGGUCUUCCGGUGGAGUACGAGAUCGACAAGAUGCUCGGCAUCAAGACGUCCCACGACGUGUCGAAGCUCGGCAUUGACAAGUAUAACGACGAGUGCAAGAAGAUCGUCACCCGCUACGUUGACGAGUGGAGGAAGACCGUCGAGCGCGUUGGCCGCUGGAUCGACUUUGACAACGACUACAAGACGAUGCACCUCUCAUACAUGGAGAGUAUCUGGUGGGUCUUCUCGCAGCUGUGGGAGAAGAAGAUGGUGUACCGCGGCUUUCGUGUGAUGCCGUACUCGACCGCCUGCACGACGCCACUGAGCAACUUCGAGGCAAACUCCAACUACAAGGAGGUCAGCGACAUCGCCGUAACGGUCGCCUUCCAGGCCCGCGCCGACCCCAACACAUACUUCCUGGCCUGGACCACCACGCCGUGGACGUUGCCGAGCAACCUCAGUUUGUGCGUGCACCCCGAGCUGGACUACGUGAAGGUGCUGGAUACCAAGUCGAAGCGUCACUACUGGCUCGCGGAGGCCCGCCUGGCGGAGGUGUACCCGAAGAAGGACAGCAAGAAGGCCUCCAAGGCGAAGGGCGGCGACAACGCUGCGGAAGCCGAUGCCGCACCGUACACGGUCGUCGAGAAGGUCAAGGGCGCGCAGCUAGUGGGCGAGAAGUACGUGCCACUUUUCCCGUACUUUGAGUCGUCCAUGAGCGCCACGGCCUUCCGCGUCAUCGCUGGUACUUACGUGACCACAGACGCUGGUACGGGUAUCGUGCACCAGGCGCCCGCCUUCGGUGAGGAUGAUUACCAGGCGUGCCUCGACGCCGGCAUCUUCGAGAAGGGUGGCAAGUUCGUCUGCCCGGUCGACGAGAACGGCAUGUUCACGAGCGAGGUGACGGAUUUCGCCGGCAAGCACGUCAAGGAGGCGGAUCCGGAGAUUAUCAAAGCGCUCGAGGCGGAAGGACACCUCUUUCACAAGGCGUCGAUUGUGCACAGCUACCCCUUCUGCUGGCGCAGCGACACCCCCCUCAUCUACAAGGCUGUCGAGUCGUGGUUUGUCAACGUCGAGGCCUUCCGAGACCGUCUCAUCGAAUGCAACGAAAAGACGUACUGGGUGCCUGAUUUUGUUAAGACCCGCCGCUUCUCCAACUGGCUCGCCGAGGCGCGUGACUGGAACGUGUCACGCAACCGCUACUGGGGCACGCCGAUGCCGGUCUGGCACAGCGAGGACUGGGAGGAGGUUGUGUGCGUCAGCAGCAUCAAGCAACUCGAGGAGCUCUCCGGCGUCACCGGCAUCACAGACAUCCACCGCCAGUUCGUUGACGAUAUCACGAUCCCUAGUAAGCGGCCCGGUAUGCCACCGCUGAAGCGUGUGCCGAUGGUGUUCGACUGCUGGUUCGAGUCGGGCUCGAUGCCGUACGCCCAGGAACACUUCCCGUUCGAGAACCAGGACAAGUUCAAGAGCCUGUUUCCGGCGGACUUCGUGUCGGAGGGCUUGGACCAGACUCGCGGCUGGUUCUACACCCUUCUCGUGCUUGGCGUUGCCCUCUUCGACGUGUCGCCUUUCCGCAACGUCGCCGUCAGCGGGCUCGUUCUCGCCGAGGACGGUAAGAAGAUGAGCAAGCGCCUCAAGAACUACCCCGAGCCGAGGGUGGUGAUCGACACGUACGGCGCGGAUGCCCUGCGCAUGUACAUGAUUAGCUCCCCAGUUGUGCGCGCCGAGCCGCUGCGCUUCCGCGAGGCAGGUGUGAAGGGCGUCGUCAAAGACAUCCUCCUGCCUCUGUUCAACGCCGCGAAGUUCUUCAUCUCGAACACGAACUACUGCAUUGCGGCCGGUGGUCAGGUGUCGCUGCAGGUUCGCAGCACAAACGAGAUGGACCGCUGGAUUCUCGCCUCGUGCCAGAGUCUGCUGCGCUACGUGAAGGCGGAGAUGCGGCUGUACCACCUGUACAACGUCGUCCCCGGUAUUCUGCGUUUCGUCGUUGACCUGUCGAACUGGUACGUGCGCAUGAACCGCCGCCGCAUGAAGAACGCCACGGACAGCGAGGACCGAUCGCAGGCGCUGUCGACGAUGCUGUACAUCCUCUUCUCGGUGUCCCGCAUUGUGGGCCACAUUGCCCCCUUUGUCGCAGAAAUGCUUUACCAGCAGAUCAAGCCCCUCCUCCCGGCGACGGAGCACGUGGACUCUGUGCACUACCUCAUGAUUCCCGACGAGGACGCCUCCUUGGACGACCCGGAGCUGGAGCGCGCCAUGUCGCGCAUGAUGAACAUUGUGGAUUUGGUGCGUGUGUUGCGCGAUCAGAUGGUCAUUCCGAUCAAGCGGCCGGUACGUCAGGUUGUCAUCGUUCACCCGGACCCGCAGUACAUUGACGACGUGCGCAAGGUGGCGGGCUACAUCAAGGAUGAGGUGAACGCGUUCGAGAUUGUGAUGUCGAGUGGGGAGAAUUACCUGGAGACGAAGCUGGAUGCGAACUUCGAGGUGCUUGGCAAGAAGUACCGCAAAGAAAUGCCCGCGAUCCGCAAGGGUAUCCAGGCCAUGACGCACGAGGAGGUGACCAAGUUCCUGCACGACAAGAAGGGCGUCGUGGUCGGCAAGGAGCUAACAAUCGAGGACGUGAAGGUGCUGCGCCAGGUAAAGGAAGGCAUUACCGACUUCCAGAGCAACACUGACAACGACGUUGUUGUGCUGGUUGACAAGCGCCAGGAUCAGGAGCUGAUUGACUCCUGGCGCGCACGUGAGUUCGUGAACCGCGUACAGCAGCUGCGUAAGAAGGCGAAGCUGGUGGUGACGGACGAGGUGGAUGUGUACUUUGAGGCGGAGGAGGCAGAUCUGACGGCGUCCAUCCUCCACUCCAAGGACCAGAUUAAUCAGACACUGAGGGGCGUGUGGACGACGAUGGACCAGAAGCCUAACGACGCCGAGCUCGUCGCGGAGGAGGACACCAGCAUCUCGGGGGUGGCGGUGCGCCUCGUCCUCGCCAAGCCCAAGGCUUAA